GUCGGGAAACCGGUGAGCUGCACGGCCGCGCGGCUGCGGCUCCGCCCGGGCACCACAGGAUGUGGUUAGUACCUUGAGGAACUGCAAGCACCAGAGAGAAAGCCUUAGACAGCCAGGCUGGAUCGAGAGAGCAGAUGCUUGGGGAGAGCUCAGUUUAACCCCAAGUCUCUCUUUAGGAGGGAACAAAGGAACAAAGGUGAAUCACACUGCGAUGUCAAGACGAGGGAGUUGGAGUGACCUGGGUGAUUCUGAGUGAGUCAGUCAGGGAGGCCUUCCUGGAGGAGGCCGAGGCCCCAGGGUGUGGCCACCACGACACCUCGUGCUAUUUCCAGGGCCAGGCGCAGCAGUCAGAACUGACUCAGCCGGGUCCUUGUCAGUUCCGGAGGAUGAGGCUGCUCCGCAGACGCCACAUGACCGUGCGCCUGGUCAUGGUGGGCAGCGCCUUCGUGUUCUUCCUCUUCAUCCUGCAGAGGGACGUGAGUGGCAGGGAGCAGGCCACAGAGAAGCCUUGGCUGAGGUCCUUGGUGAGCCAGAAGGACCACGUCCUGGACCUCAUGCUGGGGGCCGUGCACAACCUCAGGGACUCCAUGCCCAAGUUCCAGAUCAGGGCUCCGGAGCCCCAGCAGACACUGGCCUCCACCAACCAGUCCUGCCUCCCAGGAUUCUACACCCCAACUGAACUGAAGCCAUUCUGGGAACGGCCGCCACAGGACCCCAAUGGCCCUGGGGCGGAUGGGAAAGCGUUUCAGAAGAAAGAGUGGACACCCCAGGAGACCCAGGAAAAGGAAGAGGGCUAUAAGAAGCACUGCUUCAAUGCCUUUGCCAGUGACCGCAUCUCCCUGCAGAGGACCCUGGGGCCAGACACCCGACCCCCUGAGUGUGUCGACCAGAAGUUCCGGCGCUGCCCCCCGCUGCCUGCCACCAGCGUCAUCAUUGUGUUCCACAACGAGGCCUGGUCCACGCUGCUGCGGACGGUGUACAGCGUCCUGCACACCACCCCUGCCAUCCUGCUGAAGGAGAUCAUUCUGGUGGAUGAUGCCAGCACGGACGAGUACUUGAAGGAGCCCCUGGAGCGGUACGUGAAGGAGCUGCAGGUGGUGCAGGUGGUGCGGCAGCAGGAGCGGAAGGGGCUGAUCACCGCCCGGCUGCUGGGAGCCAGCGUGGCCCGGGCGGAGGUGCUCACCUUCCUGGAUGCCCACUGUGAGUGCUUCCAUGGCUGGCUGGAGCCCCUCCUGGCUCGCAUCGCCGAGGACGAGACGGUGGUGGUGAGCCCAAACAUCGUCACCAUUGACCUGAACACUUUUGAGUUCUCCAAGCCCGUCCAGAGGGGCCGAGUCCAGAGUCGGGGCAACUUUGACUGGAGCCUGACCUUUGGCUGGGAGGCUUUACCUGCACGAGAGAAGCAGAGGCGCAAGGAUGAGACCUACCCCAUCAAGUCCCCGACGUUCGCUGGUGGCCUCUUCUCUAUCUCCAAGUCCUACUUUGAGCACAUCGGUACCUAUGAUAAUCAGAUGGAGAUCUGGGGAGGGGAGAACGUGGAAAUGUCCUUCCGGGUGUGGCAGUGCGGCGGCCAGCUGGAGAUUAUCCCCUGCUCUGUGGUCGGCCACGUGUUCCGUACCAAGAGUCCCCACACCUUCCCCAAGGGCAUCAAUGUCAUUGCUCGCAACCAGGUGCGCCUGGCUGAGGUCUGGAUGGAUGGCUACAAGGAGAUUUUCUACAGGAGAAAUCUGCAGGCAGCACAGAUGGCCCGAGAGAAAUCCUUUGGCGACAUUUCGGAACGACUGCAGCUGAGGGAACGACUAAACUGUCGCAACUUUUCCUGGUUCCUGGACAACAUUUACCCGGAGAUGUUUGUCCCUGACCUGAAGCCCACCUUCUUUGGAGCUCUCAAGAACCUCGGCGUGAAUCACUGCCUGGACGUGGGAGAGAACAACAAUGGGGGAAAGCCCCUCAUCCUGUAUGCCUGCCAUGGCCUCGGCGGCAAUCAGUAUUUUGAGUACACAACCCAGAGAGACCUUCGCCACAACAUCGCAAAGCAGCUGUGUCUACAUGCCAGUGCUGGCACUCUGGGCCUUAGGAGCUGCCACUUCACUGGCAAGAAUAGCCAAGUGCCCAAGGAUGAGGAAUGGGAAUUCACCCAGGAUCAACUCAUCAGGAACUCAGGAUCUGGUACCUGCCUGACAUCCAAAGACAAAAAGCCAGUCAUGGCCACCUGCGACCGCAGUGAUCCCCACCAGCGCUGGCUCUUCAUUUAACCCCCUGUGGGAGUUCCCACAAGCUUCUCAGGAAACAGAAUCUGGGGGAAACCUGAUGUUUGAGAACCUGACCAGCAGCUUCCCUGUCAGCCUUAAAGAUGGAUUUCAAACCCAAUGGAAGUCAAGGCAGAGCCUUCCUACUCCUUGCAGCAACAUUGGGCCUGUUUUCUUUCCUCCACAUUGGUGGACAAGACCAUUAGAACACAUAAGAGGGGGCCUAAAGCUUUCCUUCUGUCCUAGAAACAGACCUCCAAAGCAGAGGAGGCAGCCGGGAAAGGACCCGGGGCAGCAAUGAUGAAUUCAAGGAAAGUGCCUCUGAGCCACGUCCUGGAUCCCUGGUCAUCUAGGACACCUGCAGCUUCCAGUGAACUAUAGAGUCUAUCAGAGGAACUGGAGGUCUAAGUCUCCCUUGCUGUGAUUACCUGAAGCACCUUGACAGUGCUUGCCAGGUACACAACAAUCCUGUGAGAAAGACAGGAAUCACCAUGCCCAUUUUAUAGACAAGAACACUGAGGCAGAAGUAAAGGAGCUGGUCUGUAUUCCACAGCUGGUACAUGGCUGGAGCUGAAACUGAGGCUCAAAUUUGAACCUUGAACCCAGGCUCCUCCCACCCACCACACACACUAAGCAACUAGCCACCAACUCUCCAUUCUCUUUUCACUCCAGUCUGAUCCUUUCUGGCUGACUGGUCUCCAUAAAGCCUAGAACUGUGGAGCCAGGUAACCAUCAGGGAGACCACAUUUGGGAAUCCUGUGACGUUCAUUUUGAAAGAAACCUUGUGGAGCUAGCUAGUGAUUUCUCAGGUUUACGUCCCAGAGCCUUCUUUCAAUGCUCCUUAUAUAAUGUAGUUCCAAAGCAAAUUAGCCAUGGAUGAAAACGAAGGUGGGAUGAGGGCAGUGCCCACCAGGCCCUGAUUUUCCAAAGGUCUGCAAGCACAAUUUGAAAAUCCUUGUUUUAAUCCAACCCUAUCAUUUUCAUAUUAUGAAACCAAAGCCAGAUAAGAGAAGUUACUUGCCCUAGGCCACCCAAGGAGGUAUUGGCAGCCCAGAGGCUAGGACCCAGAUAAGGCUAACAAGAUCCCUGGGAAGUCUGAGGAAGCAGGGCUCACGGGUGGCCUGGAGCAUGACUGUGUGACUGGCCUGGUCUGCUGUUCUCGCGUGAACUCCCCACAUGGAGCAGACCUGCUGUGCACGUCAGCUCUUCUCCAAGCAAGUUGGACCCCACCACACAUGGCUGCUUUGCCUGAAGUGGAGAACCCCAGCUGCCCGACGGAAGACUCAUUGCUUCCAGGAGGGAUUCCUACUUUGAGUAGCGGACUGUCAUCUUGGGCAUCACCACAUGAGGGCACCAUGGGACCACAGCUGCCUCUCCUUGCCACUCAGGACGUCUCCUAGGUUCCAUGGGGUAGCCCAGCCAAAGAGAAAGAAGAGUGGUCAGCAGCGGGGAAAGGGAAAAGUUCUUUCCCAGCAAGAGAAGAGACUGGCACAUAGAUCCCAGUGGAAAUAAAGGUUUUAUGGCAUGGGUAAAG